AUAAAGCGGUGGCGGCGGGGAGUGGGCAACGAGGGCGCCAUGGGUGGGGUGAAGCUGGUCGUGCUGGGCAGCAGCGGAGCGGCGCUGGCGGGGCGGUUUCUGACGCGGCGCUUCAUCGGGGAGUACGCCUCCAAGGCCGAAUGUAUCUACACUAAACACUUAAGCCUGGAUGGGAGGCAGAUACACUUGGAAACUUAUGACCCUUGUUCACAGCCACAGCAGGGGAAGCUGUCCCUCACAGAUGAGCUCCACUGGGCUGAUGGAUUCAUCAUUGUUUAUGACAUCAGUGACAGAGCAUCGUUUGCAUUUGCAAAAGCAUUACUAUACAGAAUCCAAGAGUCUCAUAUAGGAGCUUGUAAAAACAGUAUGUUUCAAAUAAUUGCCAUAAAUGUGCCUGCUAUGAUUUACAUGGGUAAAAAGCUGUCACAAUCAUCCUGUGCUUUUGCUUCCCCUACUAAUGCUCAUAUUACCCAUGGAGAUGCACCAGUGAGGAAUUCAGAGAAAGUGUUUCCCACAAUAAAUUAACCUAAUACCAUGAAUUUCUCCUAAGCCGCCUUC